AUGGGUGUCCAAGGCCUAUGGAAAUUAUUGGAAUCUGCUGGAAAACCGAUUCCCGUUGAAAAGUUGGAGAAUAAAGUGCUGAGUAUCGAUGUUUCAAUAUGGAUGUACCAAAUAAUUAAAGGUGUUCAAGAAAGUGAACAUGGCGCUACAACAAAUGGACAUUUAAUUGUAAUGUUUCAUAGAAUAUGUAAAUUAUUGUUCUAUGGUAUUAAACCAAUAUUUGUAUUUGAUGGCGGUGUACCAGAGCUUAAAAAAAUAACUAUCGCUCAAAGACAAGCUCAAAAAAACCGUGCCAAAAAAUCAACUGGAAAAACCAAAGAAAAAUUAUUAAAAAACAUGUUAGAACAGGCAGCUUUAAAAACUGUUAUGAAUGCUGGAAAUGCAUUGACUGAAGAUGAAGUGAUCUCAAAAACUGUUGACAGUUUGAAUAAAGGAGCAGAAAUUGAUUUGUUUGAGCUGCCAAAAUUGCCAGAACCUAUUAAAAUAGACAAGACUAAAAUACCUAUAAAUGAAAAAGAUCGGUCAUACUUGAAUUUGGCAAAUGAAAAAAAUGAAAAUAUUCUACUAUUAGCAGUAGAAAAUCAAAACAAUGAUUUUUUGUACACGAACAUCGCGAAGGACAAGGAAAAAAGUUCUCCUAAGAAAUUAAAUGCAUUUUCUUCUAUGCAAAUUGGGGAACUUUUAAAUGGGUUUUCAGAAGAUCAAAAACGUUUAUCAGAAAAAAAAAAUCAACAAAAAUUAAAGCGUGAAAUGACAUUUAAUGAAUUAGAAAUGUUUUUGAACAAUGACAGUGAAACUAUUAAAAACAUUGAUGAAUUCAGUCAAAAAAUUAAUUCUGAUCAUGAUACUGUUUUUUAUUACGAGUCUGGUAUCAACAAAUCAGCCAAAAGUAGUAAUUCAGAGAAUAUUGAAAUUCCUAAAAAGAUAAAAACUUCAAGUUUUGAAAAAAGUGUUGAAACUGAAUCGAAGAGUACAAGCCAAAAGAUUUUUACUACUGAUACCAUUGGAUCACCUACUUUAACAGACGACAUUGAUGAAGAUAUAUUUAAAGCACUAGCUGGUGAUGAAUCCCUCGAAGAAGAUAGAUUAGCUUGGCUUAUCUUCAAUGAAAAUAAAAUAGCUAGUAAAAGACGAUCAAGUGAAUUUGAGUCACCAAAUAUAAAAAGUCCUAAACCUGAUACAGGUUUUAGUAGCAGUUCCGAAGUAUUAACAUCAGACAUGGAAGAAGAUGUAACUAUGAAAAAUAACAAAGUAUCGUCCAAAAAAUAUUCUUCCAGAAGUAUUUUUAUUACAGAAGAUAAUAUGUCUAAUGAAGAUGGAGAUAGUUUUAAUGAAGAAGAUUAUCUGUCAUGGGUGUCACAUAGUAAAGAUGAACCUAGUCAGACAAAAUUAGAAAACAAGAAUCCAAGUAUUAAUCAUCAUGAUAUUCCAUCUACAAGCAAAUCUCCAUCAUUUCUAGGAAAUGAAGAUAAUGUAUCCAAUAAAAAAAAUAAUAUUGUGGAUCAGCAAAAUAUUAAUGAGUCAAUAUAUUUUAUAUCAAAAUCUAUGAAAACACAAGAAUUUAACACAUCUAGUAAUGUUUCAUCCUCAAUAGAAUCUGAUAAUUCAAACGGCUCUCUUUCUGAAAAUUCUGUUAAUUUUUCACCUGAGGAAAGUUUAUCUGAAGAUGAUAAUAUAAUAUUACAAGAGAAUCAAAACAAACAAAAAGUCAAUAAAUGUUCUAAAAAAGAGUCAGAUGUUCCAAUAGUUGCUAAAAAUGAAUUCAAAGAAAUAAAUUCAACAAAAAAUGUAAUAAGAGAAAAAUUUAAUUCUCCAACAAAAUUAAAUAAAAUAUCUACAAAACGGCCCGAACCUCCUGACAAUCAAACAAAUUCUAUGAAUGAACAAUAUUUUCAGUCCAUACAAGAUACAUUAGUUAAGCGUCAAAAUGAUUUGUCUAGUUUACAAAGAACAUCUGAUCGAAUGGCUUCUUCUGUAACACAAAAAAUUACUUCAGAAAUAAAGGGUCUCUUGAAGUUGUUUGGCAUACCAUAUAUAACAGCACCAAUGGAAGCAGAAGCACAAUGUGCUUUCUUAGAAAAAAUUGGAAGAACAGAAGGUACUGUGACAGAUGAUAGUGAUGUGUGGUUGUUCGGGGCUAAUGUGGUUUAUAAAGAUUUUUUUGACAACCAAAAAUAUGUUAAACAAUUCAAAAGCAUCGAUAUUAAACAACAAUUUGCUUUGUCUCGAAAUAGUUUUAUUCAAUUAGCAUUUCUUGUGGGAAGUGACUACACAAAUGGUAUUGAUGGUAUUGGUCCAGUAUCUGCUAUUGAAAUUUUAUCUUUUUUUGAAUCUAAGACUAAAAAUAUGAACAUUGAAGAAAAAUUACUAAAAAUUAAAGAGAUUGUUAACUCAAAAGCUGAAGUAUAUUGUGAUAUACCAUUUAUGAAAAAAUUAAAGUCGACCAAAAUUGGCAAUGAUUUUCCGAAUAAAGCUGUUAUUAAUGCAUAUCUCCACCCAAUUGUAAAUGAAUCAAAUGAAAGCUUUAAUUGGGGUACACUCCAAGUGGACUCAAUCAUUCAAUUUGCUCAAACUAAUUUUGAUUGGGAUGCUUCUAAAACAAAAAGCAAAUUAGCGCCAGUGUUAAAAAAAGUUUCUGAACGGACAACCCAAACAACAUUGGAUUCAUUUGUCAAAACUCUUCCUAAAUUGAGCAGUACAAAUACUGGUAUGAGUAAACGCGUCAGUCAUGCUGUAAAAAGGUUACGAAAUGAUAGCAGUUCUGUCGAAUCUAAUAAAAAAACUGGUAUUUCAAAAAAAUCAUUGACUGAUUCAAAUGAUAGUACAGAUAAGAAACGUAGGAGAAACCUAAAAUAA